AUGAAUAACAUGCAAUCGGAAAUAACGGAAUAUAUAACAGCUCGUAUACAGUCGCGCACUACUAAUUUCAACGCCCAGAUAAAAUUCUUAAUUGCUAAGCAAAUUACCCUACCUUUACCACACGACGCCAUAAAUUUACAAGCACUAAAACUACCCAAAAACAUACCGCUGGCCGAUCCGAGUUUCCAUAAACCCACAACCGUCGACGGCCUGUUAGGGGCACAAUUAUUCUGGCACCUACUUAGCGUAUGCCAAAUUAAAUUGGCACAACCAACAGUCAUGCUACGUAAAACAUUACUAGGGUGGCUAGAUGUUGGUGAAACCACUAGCCAUAAAAAUUCCAAGGCGGCAGUUUGUAAUCUGGCAAUAAACUCGCUAGAUGAACAAUUGGCCAGAUUUUGGGAGCUCGAGGAAACUCCUCGAGAAAAAUUGCUUUCGAAAGAAGAACAAGCAUGCCAAGAGCAUUAUUCCAUUAACACGCGUCGCGACUCGGCAUCUGGACGAUACAUCGUCAGAUUGCCGUGUAACAGUAAAAUCGAGCAAUUUGGCGAAUCCUAUGCCACUGCUAUGAAGCGAUUUUUAUCCCUGGAAAAGGCCCUUCAGCGUAAUCCCGUAGCACGCGAGCAAUACAUUAGCUUCAUGUGCGAAUACGAGAGCUUGAGACACAUGACUCCGCUUAAAUUCUGUUCCAAAUUUAAUGGCUACUAUCUUCCGCAUCACGCGGUGCACAAGGAAGAUAGCGUGACUUCUAAAAUUCGAGUGGUGUUCGAUGCAUCCGCGAAAUCGUCCACGGAUGUAUCCUUAAACGACGCGCUAAUGAUCGGUCCCACCAUAUAA